AUGGGUACGGCGGAGCUCAAGGUCACGAUGAUUACAGAAGACAAUCUAGGUGCGACGAUGCGACUAGAAGCAUUCAGCGACGCCGACUUUGCCGCCGACAAGACGGAUCGGAAGUCAAUGACGGGCGGCAUCGUGAUGCUGAACGGGAUGGCCGUCAGAUGGGGUGCGCGGAAGCAGGGAGGCGUCCUUCUGUCGACGAUGGAGGCGGAAUUUGUUGCGGCGAGUGAGGUGGCGCGCGAGCUGCUCGGCCUGCGUAAGAUGUUGUGCGAAGUGGGCGUAGAGCCCGCGCUUCCGAUGCAGUUGCGGGUGGACAACCAAGCGGCGAUCGCGCAGAUCGCGGGAGAGGCAUCGUCGCUAACGGCAAAACAUGUGGAUGUGCGACUUAAGUUCCUUUGCGACUACUCGCGUCGCGGUAUCAUCACGGCGAGCUAUGUCAGGUCGGAGCAGAUGCUCGCAGACCUCCUUACGAAGGCGUUGGACGCGACGAAGCUCUCGACACUGCGCGCACUCGUGCGCAUUGGUUAA